ACGCCAAGCACCAGACGGAACACAAAACAAAACAGAGUCUGCUAGUAGCUCAAACGUUGCCUUUGCCUGCCGUUGGCUUUUCCACCACACUUCAAUCAGUUUGUUCACGUUCACCGUCCGCAGUGGUUCGUUCGUUCAGAGCUCUUUUGCUUGCUCGCGGUUGUGGUCUCCUUGGGUGCGUAUCAGCCAACGCUACGCUGUACUCCAAGCAACGGUUCCACAAAUUCGCUUUGUUUCUUUGCAAAGCUGAUUGUUGUAAGAUAAAGAAAGGCUAUCGGGCCCUGAUGGUGUUGGUUGGUCGAGACGAGAAGUGCAGUUCCAUGUGUGAUCGCGAUUUGACGGGUUUCUUCGUGGGCUGCCAGGUUUUACCAUUUAAGUGGCCUAUCGUACAUAUAGCUCAACUUGGUAACGGUGCUUUCAGGUGUGUGCGCGGAAAUCGCUUGAUUGGCACCGUUUAAGUACCGUGCGAUCCCUAUUGUUUUGUGUAACGAUAUUCUGUCUGGGAUCAGAAUUCGUUGAUUGCUGAUUACUGCUUGAAGGAUUUUACAUAAUAAGUAAAUUGAUUCAACCGCAGCGUCGCCCUUGUGUUUGUGUUGAGUGUUGAUAUUUUGAACGAUUUCCUUCGCUGUGGUAGUCAGCUUAGCGGUGAAAAAUAAGCCGACUUGAAUUAAGGUACCUUGGUCGCGCAUACACCAACACAAUGCGAUCCGCGCGUAGUAAUUUUGAUUGAAGAAUACGCGACCGUGCUGAGUCAGAAAAGUGCAGAAACGAGCAAACACACGUGCGUGUAUGGGUCGGUUCAAAAAGAGCACUUGAGAAAAGUGCACAUCUCAGUUACUUGAAGCAACCAAAUAGUGCAGAAAUGUGUGUCAGCCAAGAUGAUCUACAUUUGAUUCUGCUUUACACCCAUUGAUAAGUGAAAAGAAUAAGAUCUCGGAAGUGAAUCAUACCGAGUAGUGGCGUUUGAGAAGAAUUUAAAUAAAAAGUGUAAAAAGAUAACGGCAACGACAAAGCAAAGGUCAUUGAGCGUAAAUAUUUUCACUGCAAGGCUUGCUUUAUGCUACAUAUGUCAAGCCUAGCACAGUCAGCACAUUUUGAAGCAACGGCGUAGAACCAAAGGAGCACUUGAUCGAGAACGAAGAGUGGAGCUUAGUACGCCUUGGACGGACAAGGGCGACGAGAUUUUUGGGAUUGCACGCUGAUGGAAUAACAAUUAUGACAUGGGAUCCUGUUCAAGACGACAUUUUUUGUUGUCAAUAUGUCUGCUACAGUUGCUAUUCAUCAUCGAGCGGCAAGUGUUCGACUUCCUCGGAUACAUGUGGGCACCGAUACUGGUGAACUUCUUUCAUAUAAUAUUUGUGAUAUUUGGAUUUUUUGGUGCCUAUCAAUAUCGUCCAAAGUAUUUAGUAACGUACUCACUAUGGAAUCUUUUGUGGAUAGGAUGGAACGUAUUUCUAAUAUGUUUCUAUUUAAAUGUAGGAGUCUUAGAUAGGGAUAGUGAUUUAUUAAAUUUAGGAACCGGCAGUGUAUCAUGGUUCGAAGUGAACGGCUAUGGUUGCAAGCCAACCUAUCCGAUGAACAUCACCUCGGAAGACCCGUACCGGCCGGUGAGGCCCGAGCACGUCGAUGGCUGUCUGCUGGACUAUCACAUAGUAGAAAUUAUCCACUCCGGAGUGCAGUGUGCGCUGGCGCUACUGGGUUUCUUCGGAGCCAUUUGUCUGGGGCAUACCUAUCUGGACGAAGACGAUAGCUUCGACUUUAUGGGUGGCGAUGCAAAAAGUCCACAGCACACGGCGGUGCAUCCAAUGUACGUGAGCUAUACAAGUUUACCAACCACGAAUAGCACCAAUUCGACGCAGCAGAAACCGACUAAUGCCGCCAAAUCAUCCGUGGCACCUUUAGUCGCCACCGUCAUCACCACCAACAAUAAUCAUAACAACAGCAAUAGUUCGCAAUGCCUCAGUAACACUAGCGCUAAGCUCGGUGUUGUGCUCAAGUCGUUUAACGGUCACGGUAACAACUCAUCAUCAAACACUAACACCUUACUGUCGUCAUCCUCCUCACCGUCAUCGACGGUCACCAAUUGCAAUGGAAACAACGGUAGUAGUAGCAUCCGUAGCAAUGGGAGACCUUCAUCAGCACUCGGCGUUGGGCAGACCCAUGAACAACAUGUCCCACUUCAUCAACAGCCCCUCGCACACCCGAUUAGUAGAAACUCUAGCUUUAGCAAAUCUCGUAGCGGUCAGCUUCGAAAAAACAGCAGUAGCACUAGUAUUCGGUUUACAGACGUUACUCACCAACAGAUACAUGAGCAAAUUAUUCCAAACGAGGACGACACCUUUUUCAUUCCAAAGAGUUCCUCCUGUCGCAACAAUUUUGGAAUCAGUAAUCCUUUCAACAACGUCUCCAGUCGAUACUAUCGCGAUGGCGAUUGUGAUUCUCGAACUGAGGACGAUGACGACAGCAGUCAUCUGAUUAGCGGUUCCUCCCAGCAAUUGGCGAUAUCGACCCCUCUGAAGCGGCAUCCCUCCGUUUCAUCGACCACGAAUAGCAUAGGUGGGACCGCCAAUAGCAGCACAACAACGACUCCAAUGAACGAGAGUAACGGCGCUUUCGAGCGGAAUUUACCCCAUGGGACUCGACCCGAUUUCAGCAGCAUUGCUCACCAACAUCGGAUAGCUAUUAAACCUCAGCAGCAAGUACAAUACCCAACGCCACCACCAGUGCCACCAUUGCCACAGAUGAACUUCCAUCAGCAGCAUUUCGAGGGCAACAGUAGUGAAAACUAUCGAAUGCCUUCAUACCAGUAUGUAACGCGCUCCCCCAACCUGAAUCGAAUAGCGCGGCGAAACAACGCAAAUCUAAUCAAUAACAAUAGCAACCCCAACACCCCUCGCGUCAUGAGCCCCAAGUACUGCGAUCAAAUUCGCGAAUUCGGAGGAGGGCCACCGGGCUACCCGGGGCACGAAAAUAACAAUUAUCCUCCGCCCCCUCCGCCGCCGUCGGUUUCCGCAGUUAGCGCCGCCGGCGUCAGUGGUUAUCCUCUCGUGACGGCGAUGCAUCGAGCCAAGUCCCAGGAUCGGUUAUCGCACCGCAGUCGACGGCACCAGCACCACCACGGGGGUGCACGUGGACAGUACCAGCAACGGCCGCGCUCUUUCUGCAGCAAUAACGGAGCCUAUCCGGACUAUGUGAUUAUGGAACAUCCCGGCAAUUAGGGAUAGUUCCACCCAAAGCCUGACUACAUUUUUUUUUCGCUUCCAUUUACCUACACCUACGUUUUAUUUAAUGCGUUGCCCUAUGGUAUGUUUUGGUCGGAUUUUAGAUGUAUGAAAUAGUGACAGGCACCGGUGUGCCUACAACGCGUCGACGAUUCCAGCAGCAGAGGGAUAGGCUGAUUGGAUGAACAAGAUUAAUCAUAAAAUUUGUUUCACGGUCGGGAAAUCCUUUCCAACUUGGUUUACGUUGGAGUUAUAGGGAUAAUAGUUUUUUUGUUUUAUGCUGUUCGCGUAGAAGAGAAUUUAUUGUACAUUUAUUAUCCAGUUAUUAGAGUCAUAAUUUGAUAAAGAUUAAUUUUCUCGAUUUUCAUCAGCAAUUAUUAA